GGAGGCUAGCACAAUGAGCGAGUCGCUCUUCUCCAUGCUCAUGCGCGUCCGGCCGGGCAACUUUCCCGAGCAGAUUGUGUACGAGGACGAGAAGGUCAUGGCGUUCUUGGACAAGUUCCCUCAGGUUGACGGGCACACCUUAGUGGUUCCAAAGGAGCAGGUGGAAAAGGUUCACGAGAUGAGUGGGGAGACAGCAGCCGCUGUUGGCGCUGCCUUGUCCAAGGUUGCGGCGAAAGUAGUAGCUGCAACUGGGUGUGCAGAUUACAAUGUUAUCUGCAACAACGGCAAGAUCUCAGGUCAAGAGGUUCCUCACGUGCACUUUCACAUCAUCCCGAGAAGGGAAGGAGACUACACCAGCAGCUGGGCAAAGAGCAUCGAAGAAAACAGAGCGACGGGCAACCCGCGCCCAGAGAAGCUGCCGGAUGAAGGUGCCUUCACGGGCAAACUGGCAACUAUGCGCGACGCGAUCCGUUCUUGAAGUUCUAUUCCCCUGACAUGGCGAUUGAGCGCAAGGAGAAAGACGAUCGGAUCAGCAAGUACUUGUUGUUGUCACUCUGAUACGCUUCAUAAAGCUGUGAACUAG